AUGUCACGGGGAACAAAAAAGGCAGGAAUCACCGGAAAAUAUGGAUGCAGAUAUGGAUCAACACUGAGGAAGACAAUAAAGGGAAUUGAGGAGUCGCAGCAUAGGAAAUACACGUGCAAGUCGUGUGGCAAGGACUCAGUCAAGAGGGAGGUAGUUGGAAUCUGGGAAUGCAGAAGCUGCGGCUACAAGUUUGCUGGGGCUGCGUAUGCGCCAACCAGCCCAUCAGGCAGAACGUACAGUGCCCUAAUCAGAUCAAUGAACAAACAGAAGUAG